AUGAGAUUAAAUGAUUUAACUGAAUCAAGGAAGAUGUUAAAACAGUUGAAAGAAAAGGAUGUUCGACCGCCUAGAUCAUAUAGCGACUUUUCAAAAUCUCCAAGAUAAUUGCAAUUGGAUACAAUAUAAUUAUAUUCAUGGGGUUUAAAUAAUUGUGGGCAAUUAUUGAAAACAAAUAAAAAUAUAAUCCCUCAUUAUUAAGGAGUACAAUUAUGUUCUGCAGGCGAAAAUCACACUAUUAUAGUGAAUAAUAAAAAUGAAGUAAUAGGAUUUGGUGAUAAUCAAUUUGGAUAGUUGGGAUAUGAAUCUAACACCUAACCUAAAUUAACUCCAAUAUUUAAAGAUUAAAGAAUAACAAGCGUAGUUUGUGGGGCAGAACACACAUUUAUGUUGACGGCUAAAGGAGAAGUGUAUUCUUGGGGAUUAAAUUUGAAAGGCCAAUUAGGAUUGGGUUGUUUUGACAACGCUUUGUAGCCUACUCUCGUUUAUGGUCUUUUGCCUUUUGGUACAAGCAACAGCAAAGCAAGAGAACAACAGGUAGGACACAAAAGGAUGAAGAGUGCAAAUGAAGGAGAUUCAUCUACUUCCCCAGGCUUGAAGGAAAGAUCAUCUUCUAUUGAUAACAUAAUGGAGCACAUUGUCAUGAUGAAGGAAAAGAUUAAAUAGAAAAGUUCAUGCGAAGUAUAGUGCUAAAUCCUUUUAUAAAAUGAUGAAGCAGUAUAGUAAAUUACAUGUGGAGCAUUGCACACAUUAGUUUUAACAAAUAAAAACAGAGUCUUUUCCUGCGGGUUUGGAGAAUCCUAUGCUUUAGGACAUCCGGAAAAUCAAACCCUUAAUGAAUUCAAAUAAAUAUCAAACUUACAACACUUCAAAGUCGAUAAAGUUUGUAGUGGAUUAGCCCAUUCAGGAUGCAUAGUUGAAGGAGGAAGAUCCUUUAUUUGGGGAGUCUGCAAAUCAAAUAAAGAUCAAAUAAAGUUACCAUAAUAAACUAAAAUUGUAGAUGAAUUAAAUAGUUAAUAAUGUGUUCUAGAUAUGAAAAUGGGAGAGAUGUUCACCUUAUUUCUCACUAGUAAGGGGGAAGUGUACUCUUUGGGAGAGAAUAUCCAAGGAUAAUUGGGAAUAGAAUAGAAUUGCACUGAUAUUCCAUUGAAAGUGUUAGGUUUGCCCUUAAUCUCACAAAUUUCAAGCGGGAGAAAUCAUUGUGUUGCACUAUCAGCUGAUUACAAAUAAAUCUAUGGAUGGGGAUCCAAUAUUUAUGGUUAAUUAACUGGACAACCUAGCGUAAAUUGUAAAGGAAUUAUAUCUCCGAAAUUGUUAUUUACAGUACCUGAAACUUAAAAGAUUGUUUGUGGUAACUUUCAUACUUUGUUAUUAUCAUCAUCUUUCUUAGAAAUCAUUUUAGAUGAUAAUGAAAAUUCUCAUAAGGACUAGGAGAAAUUAAACGAGGAAGUUGAGAAAUGUAAAAAUGAGCAAGAAAUAUUGAAAUAAUAGAAUAUUUAAUUGUAAUUAAAAUAUGAUAGAAUGAAGAAUGAAAUUUUGUAGAAAAAGAAAGUCAAAGAUCAAAAGGUGUAAACAAAUGAAUCAUAUAUCUAAAGGCAAAUUAAAAAAUAAUAAUCAAAAUUUGAUAUUUCUGCUUUAGAGAUCUCACCAGAACGACCAAUUAAACAUAGAAUAUUUUAAUCAAGUUUAGAUAUCGAUUUUAAUGACAUAAUGCUUGAAAAACAGAUAAGUGAAGGUGGAUAUGGAGUGAUUUAUAGAGCUAAAUGGAGAGAAACUACAGUUGCUGUAAAAAUGUUUAAAAUUGAUGGAAUGAAUGAAAAUCACAUCAGAGAUUUCCUAUCAGAAUGUCAUGCAAUGGAGGCACUAAGACAUCCAAAUAUAGUAAUGUUUUUAGGUGCUUGUACAAAACCUCCUAAUUUAGCUAUUGUUCUUGAAUAUUGUUAGCGAGGUUCUUUAUGGUAGGUGAUCUAAAAUCAUGACAUUCAUUUAACAUGGGAGGAUCGAAGGAGGAUGGCUUUGGAUGCAGCUAAAGGGGUAUUGUAUUUACACUCUUUUAAUCCUCCCAUUUUGCAUAGGGAUUUAAAAAGUCUCAAUUUAUUGUUGGAUGAAGCUUUUAGAACAAAGUUAGCAGACUUUGGAUGGACUAGAACUCUAUCUAAUUAUAUGACCAGCAAAAUAGGGACUUAUUAAUGGAUGGCACCUGAGGUAAUCGCAGGAUAAAUUUACACAGAAAAAGCUGAUGUUUUUAGCUUCGGUAUAAUAUUGUGGGAAAUAGCAGCAAGAGAGCCGCCUUAUAGAAAUAUUACUGGUUUGUAGGUCUCCUUAGAUGUGUUAAAUAAUGACUUUAGACCCACCAUACCAAAAAAAACUCCUGAAGUUUUUGCAAGACUUACUAAGAGGUGUUGGGAUAGGGAUCCAGAAAAGCGUCCAUCUUUUAAAGAAAUAAUUAAGGAACUGGAGAUUAUGAAAUUUCCUCCUGGAAUAUGA